CAAAAUUCCAGGUUAAACAUGGCUGGCUGCUGCGCGGCGAUGAUCGGAGGCGGUAAAAUCUGAGAAUGAAAAGUGAAUAAAAUGACGAAUUUAAGGUUAAAUCAUGAUUUUUUCCAACUAAUCUCUGGCAGAUCAGCAAUCCGCUCAAAGGAACUUGUGAAAGAAGAACUAUCAGCAAAUAAAACAAAGCUGUUAGAAGGAUUGCUGUCUUACAAGAAACCAAGUGCUAAUUCAGCUCUCAAACUGAAAGGAGAUAAAAGUAUUGGCAAACCUGAAUUGAACUUCUGUGUCAGACUCAGCAAAUUCCUGGACCUAGAUGAGUGUCAGAGCCAGCAUCUAUUUGAGUCGUUCCUAAUUCAUGGAUUCCGAGGAUCAGCCAAACAAUUACAGGCAAUACUGAAAGAUGAACGCAGUGUCCAAGCUCUACUUUUAAAGGUGUGGGACUAUUACCAAACUGAGCGGAUUCAACUCUUACAUUGUCUUAAGCAAGUGCUUAGCUUUUGUGAAGAGUUAGGCCAUCCAUACAAUGCUGUUUACUUGGAAUGUCUUCAGGACCUACAACGUCAGAAGCUCAUUGAUAAACUUUUUGCCCAAUAUGAAGACCGGUGCCAAGCAGUUGCCCCCAACAAACUAGAUGUUGGACCUCCUAUGACUGAUAGGCAGUCUCUUAAAUGGUCACUGCAAUGUUUAAGAGAACAGUGUGAAUUGUUGGAGAUCAUACUCUUAUAUUUCAAAAGUUUUGAGGCCACAGAAAAAAGGAUACUAAGUCUUAUUAAACUUUUCCAGAAACAAGGUUUUGGCACAAGGCAAACUAACAAGCAUUUAUAUGAUGGUGAUACAACUGCAGAUCAGUUAAUGAACAGAUUAGGAUUUAAUUGCUGCCUUAUCAUCCUUGAGUGUUUGGAUCUGUACCACUUCUUAGGAGAAACUACACAUGAAAGGACUUCAAAACAUAAACUUGUUUCCUGUAAAGAGACCUUCAAUGACUUGAACAAGUUGGUAGGUUCCCUUGGCAACAUCAUUCACUAUGGUCCAUUAAUACUAGCUUGGACUAGUCUCCAUGCAGCUGCGUUUCCUGAUAAAGAUCCGGAGUUUGUUCAGAGGCUUGGUCAAUCUGCUCUACAACUGCAGGUCUUUCAAUAUCUUUACACCAUGCUCAACCUGGCACCCUUUAGCUCAGAUGCUGUUUUGUCACCGUUGAGUCACACAAUCGUAUAUGGCCUUCUCAACUUGGUUCUUUCUGUUUUUGAUGAGCAAACACUGGGAUCAACCCAUAUCCUGGUGCACCUCACCUGUCAGUUACUGGAACAAAAACACCUUUGUGAAACAUUCUGGGAGGAAGAUGUUGAUGGUGGAAUGGCCAUGCUUCUACAUUCUGCCACCAUGAAGUUUCCAAUGGAAUUCAGUCCCCUCCUACAGCUACUGAAAGCAAUGGCAACCAGUGGUACAAAGAAGGUGUAUGAAUAUUUAAACCAUCUUCCCCAUUUCACUGAGUUACUUGACAACAACAAAGCUGAUGAAAUAAAGAGCAUGAAGCAAGCUGGCAUUUGGACACGAGUCACAGACAAAAUACUAUUCUUAAAAGCUGAUGGUUCCAAUAGCUUUGUGAUUCCAGCUUUAACAACAGGUGUUAUUUUUGAACAAAAUACAGGUGAUCAUCUGAUUCGUUGGGAUUAUGAAUACAGUGGCUGGUUUUUGUUCAGUUGUCAGAUGGAGAACUUUCUUGAGUCCAUAAUACAGGGACUAGGCUCAGAAACUCAAGGAAGUCAGAAUCGGAGCAUUGUAGAACUUGUUGGUCACAUGCUGAAGUCCAAUUGGUCGAUUUCUGCAAAUUUUAAACCAAUCAUACAACAAAUAUAUAGGUUUAUUCAACAGUUGUCAAGUCUUCCUCAUCCACCUCUUCAACUGAUAACAUCCUGUCUUGAUUGUAUAACAACAGUUGCUGAACAUAACUCACAAGAGGUUUGGAAAGAGCUGCAGCUGAUUGGGUUUCUUCCACACACUGGUAACCUUUACACUGAAGUAGCAAAAGCCGCAAGUGGUGAUGGCAUCUUUCCUGGUCACUAUGGUAACCUUCUUCAUCGACAUGAGCAACCAAGCGGGGUGUAUCCAGUUACGUUAUCAUGCCUUAAUCUCUUGCAUCAGCUUGUCAAGGGCCUGUCAUCAGUGAAUGUUGAUGUUGCUGUCAGCCAGGAUCUAUUGGCUAUUGUUGUCUUCAUGCAGCGUGAGGUCUUCACUGUGUUCCAUAAGUGGCGUUGCAAUGUGUUCUCUGAUCGCGAGACUAUUGGUCAGAAGUGUUUGGAAAUAUUUCAUAUCAUUCUCAACACUGCACAAAGGACCAAUACUAACCAAACACAAAAAAGCAGAGGGGUGACAUUGCGAGAGACUUGUAUACAUGGCUUUUUGAACUUUGAAUCAGGUCAGGCUCUGCUGAACAUCGUGUCAACUGGGGUCGAUGCCAUUGACCAACGAGCAACUGAAAAUGGAUGUACCUUUGCUGGUCCAGUUGAGAGGUUAACACAACUUAUUAAACUUGCAUUCUCUGUCUUGAAUCGACUAAUGAUCUGGCAGCCAGCCAAUCACGAGCCUUCACCUAUGGAGCAAGUGUUGACAUCGCAUACUACUGGCCUCCCUCACCAACCACAUUUAGUGGCUCUGAUUGCUGGAUACAUAUACCAUAAGUUUGAUCCUAGAUUGCCAACACUUGCAACACUCCUGUUGAAAAGAUUAGCUUUAGUUGCACCAAUGUCUGUGUAUGGCUGCCUAGGUAACCAUGCUAUUGCUAUCAGAGAUACAUAUUUAUAUCGAUUGCAAUCUCAUUCAGAGGAUGCUAGAUUGCGUGUGGUCAUUUUGGAAUUUUUAAGUUCAGCCGUUGAAAGUCAACCUGGUCUCAUAGAAAUGUUCCUUAACUUGAAUUUCAAAGAGAAAAAAACAACAGUAGCACCUGGAAAGAAAGGUGAUAAAACCAAAACCAAACAGCCGGUUGCUGCGCCGCGGCGUCUUACGGCUGCUUUUCCGGUCCCCGAGGACCAGUUCAAGCAGUUCAUUCAGGCGCCGCCCAUUCCUCGCGCUGCCAAGGGCAGACUGCGGGAGGAUCAGAAGCUCUCUUCUACUUCUAAGGCUUUGUUUUCUAACAAAGCUCAGGGCGCGGCUGAGGAGGCUUUGGCCUUUGUGGACCGCGCGGCUCGGGAGGGCAUUCGCGCCGUGAAUGGGGCGGGAUCAGCAUUGGAAAAAGGAUUACAAGAUGUACUUAAGAAAUUUAAUCAUGAGCAAAAGUACAAGAUAUGGUCACAGAUAAUUAGAGAGAUGAUGGAGAACAGAGCUGGUGAAGAGGAUGAUGCUGAAGACUUAUUUAUAAGGGAAGAUGAAGGGUUGAUCCUUCUACAAGCUUGGAGGAUGUUCCUUCUGGUGCUAUCUUCGAGUCCUCCUUCUGACCAGAUCAAGAUCAUUGUUCUGAAUGAUUUGAUUGCAAGUAUAAAAUCCCAGGUUGUUGCAACGAUGUCAACGUUCCACGUCCGAGCUUGUCUUCUACUUGGUUCAGUAUACUUGAGUCUAUUGAAACGCUGGACAAGUCUUCAUGGUGAUCAGUGGAACAAAUUAAUUGAUCUCAUCUUUAUUACGGAACAUCUUACGGAUGAGGAUCUCAAGUCAUUCAUUCGUCUACGUGUUCUUAUGUUGUCUUCCAUCACUGUCUUGCUUCAGUACCAAAGAGGAAAGAAUCCAAAAGCAUUGGAAGACACCACCAUUUCCAGACUUCUGUCAAUAAUUUGUUCAUCGCUGCGUCACAGUAAAAUGUACUACCAGCGAGCGGUGCCCACAACAACUAAAGUACUUGUCAAGAAAAGUACUAUAAUCUCAGAAAAAGAAAUAGUUGAAAGUGUAGAAAAACGGUCACAAAUCAAACUAGAGAAGAAGUCUGAACAGUUACCAAUAGUUGGUGUGUACAUGCUGGAUGAAUUGAUCCUGUCAGUUGAUACUGAGAACCUGUGGUUACCAAUGAUAAGGCAACACAGUGUACUUGCUCUUCUACUCUCAACUGUACAAGCAUGUAUGGAGUCUAUGAAAGGUUUGGAUUAUGUCGAGUCUGUCUUAUUGCUAUUCCUUGACAUAGCUGCUUACCCAGAGGCUGCAGAGGCUUUGCAAGUAACAGGUCUAAUACAUCACAUUUGUCUACCAUUAAGUAGGGUCUACAGUAAUAGCGUACCGCAAACACCAAAGUUUGAGAAGACGGAGAGUGUGACGUGGCUGGGUAUUUACCGUAUAUCACUUUCCUUGAUGACGGGAAUGAUCACAACGUUGAAGCAUUCUUUCCUAUCGGAUGCUCUCAGCUUCUUUGGUGUUCAUCAUGACAGGAUGCAACAGUGUCUGCAAGCUGUUGAGUCAAACUACAGCACAUCAUGCCAGAAAGAAGCGGAACGUACCAUGGAGUUCAUCUUCCAGUUGUCCCGCUUCUUUAAGGAGUGGAGGUUCCAGAUGCCUCAGGCUGUACAGCAAGUCCAAGCCAGGGUCUGCUGCCUGUGCCAUCAACUUGUUGCCUUACUGAUGAGGCCGCGACUUCUACAGCACCUUAUAGAGUUUGACAAGAAAGGGGGGAAAGAAGACAAGCAACAAAUGAAUCACAGUAUGGGAAGUUUAGCCAGACUCCAACACCAGACGUCUACAGAUGAUUUUGACACACCUAGUGCAGAACUGCAGGCAGUACAGUCUGAGUUGUUCACAAUUCUUGGAAAUGGUUUGGCUGCUCUUAGACACUUCACUCCUGAUUUCCUGGAAAUUCUUUGCAGCCCAAUUAUUGAUGUAUCUGAAUUCCCGCUGUUGUUUGCGUUAGCCUUCACUAGUCCAACUGUUGAUCACGACUCACCUCCGUCAUUUGGUUCUCUUGUUGCGUGUAUCAACACAUGCGUUAGAUUUCUCAGUAAGCUUGAGGGAGUGAGAAGCACAUCGCCAAUUAGAUCACCGAGCAAAUCACCGCAAGCUAGACUGGUGCCACUUAAAGACUCCCCCAUACAAAGAUCUGUUGUUAUGUUUGUUUUGGAAAGUGCUUUGUUCCUGAUAAUGUCACAGUGUCUUCGUUAUUUGAAAGAACCGUCAUCGGUUGGCCAGCGGGAUAAGCAGCUUCUUAAGAGAGAGCUGGGUUCUGAAUUGGAAACAUUUCUCCAUACACUGCAGCGCCUGUUUCGUCGGGGUGGUAGCGUGACGUCACCAAGCGCUGCAAGCUCGUCGCCGUUACUAACCACGCCCUCUACUGGAAAGUCGUCCCUACAUCAUGGAUCAUUUACCGAUACUCAAGAACAAGCCUACUUUAAUCUUGUGCGGCAGUUUGUAAAACAAAUUCUAAGAUGAAAACAUAAUGAACAAAUUAUAAGUAGUAGCUCACGUGUGAUAAGUUGGCUGUCAAGUAUUGAUAUGCCUAAAAAAUAAUGUCUGUAUCUCUCGCAUGAUGUUUAUCUGUGGAGUGUGAUACGUGAAUUAAGUCUUUAGACAUAUGCAAUCUUUAAAGUUCAGUAUAAUUUACGUUGAUAGCAGCUCACGAAGAUGCUGAUGAAUAAUUAUAUAUACUAAAAUAUAGGUUUUAAGCCCACCGCAUACGAAAGUAAACAGCUUCGCAAACGGCAAUGAAUAACCUUUUACAAAGCUGUUUAUAUUCGGCCCCUAGAUAAUGAAUGAAUAAUUAAGAAGACAUCGCCGUCAAAUAAAUAAAUAAAUAAUAAUCAAUCAUUGCAUUUAUAACUUCCACUCUCAUUCUGUAAGAUUGUUGUUGAAUCAACAGCUUUUGUAGUUAAUACAUCUAAGAUACGUUUUUUGAAACAG